UACUUAACCAAACACCACCACCGGGAAAUCUAGGUUUUCAAUUCAGUCUCCGUUUCUCGUUUUCAGAGCAUUUGUGCAAUAGCGGCAGUCAAUCAGUAAUGGGUCACUCUAACGUCUGGAACUCUCACCCCAAAACCUACGGCCCCGGCUCUCGCGCCUGCCGUGUUUGUGGCAACCCUCAUGCCAUCAUUAGGAAGUACGGUCUCAUGUGUUGCAGACAAUGCUUCCGUAGCAAUGCCAAGGAAAUUGGAUUCAUCAAGUACCGCUGAAGAGUUAUAUGGUGUAGAGUGGGAAUGACUUUGUCGAAUUAUCGUUCUUCGUAGUAUGUUUUUUGGAUUUCAAAGAACUUAAAGAAAAAUGUCUUUUUGGUUAAUUUAGUAUGAACCUUAAAGUAAUUGUUGAACUAAGAAUAUUUUGGUGUCCC